AAUUCUUUUUAUAUUUGUGGCGUUUGAAUUGUGAUAAUUCAGCUACAAUUGGUAAAUCUACUCUAAGUUCAUUAGAACGUCUCUGGAUUGUGCCUACACUUUGUAAUAUGAUGGCAGCUUCUCAUCUCAGGUGGCCGGGUGGCAGUCAGGUUAAGAAUGUGCUCCUCAGAACACCUGCAGAUCUGAUUGGUCACCGAAGGAUUAUGCUUGUGUCUAGUUCAUUAUUCAGUUUUAUUGGGAAUGUCACUGAGUUUUUACUAAAAGCAUGAAUCCUAGUCUCUGAUUGGAAAUCUCCGUGUGGAUUUUUUUAAGCAGUAAGGCUAAUUUAAAAGUAUAACCAUUGGUCUAUUUAAAGAGCAAUAUUAUACAAAUAAAGUAAAAUCUGAGGUAUUCUGCUUUCUGGAGUAGUAUAAUGUCUAAUGUGCAAACAGAAUCUUUAUUUUCCCCUAAUCUGGUGGCAGCUUGUCAGGCAAAUCAUUAUAUUCUAAGGUCUGUAAUCUCAACAGAUCUCGUCUUAUAUUGAAAUAAGAAUAACUGAGCUGCAUUUUCUCUACCCAAGUUGAAUAAACUAUACAAUACUGGUGUUGCUAGAUAUUAAAGAAGAUGCAUUCUUUUAAUACCUUCAUUGUAAUUAUGUUGGUGAAAUCGGUCUGUUUCUAGGUUUGGGAAUUAAUCCUCUUGAGUUUCUUAUACUAAAAACCAGUACUUUGCCAGCUGAAGAUCACCUUCCACUUUUAUAAAGCAUUUCACCAAAUAUCCUUUUCUAUUCCAGCGAGACCAGGCAGAAGUUUCUCCAUGGAGUAUAGGCAAUUUUCAGGAACGGAAAAGAGACAUUCUUCUCUGGAGGAUUUUCUCUGACCAAAGUGGCAUCACAGAAUAGAUAUCCUUAAUGAGAACUGGCAAAUAGGAAAACACUGGACAUAGAUGUUAUCAUGCAAAGGAGUGUGCUGUGGUGUGUUGUUUGCCACCCUUAAUGUGAAGUACUAGUUUUAAUAGCUAAUCAAAUAAUGGUAGGAUAAAUUAUGUUAUGCUAGGGGAAAAAAAAAAGCGAUUCAAAAGAACCUAACCGUCAGAUUUGUUUUGGAAACACUGGUAACCAAAGGAGCAUAAAUGUUAAUGUCUCAGUCUUCUCUCCUUCAUCAGUAGUGUGGGCAAUCCAAAUAAAAUGACCCUGUUUUUCAGAUGUUUCCACUAAUUGUUUGGGAAAACAAAAUUGUUUUCCAUUUGUUCUUCUGGGAACAAAAAAUGGAGCUGUCUUUCUUCAAACUGUGUAAAUGGUCAAAUUGCGUUUUUGUUUUUUAAACAGUCUUGUUUCCUGAGCUGAGAACUCAUUACCAGACUUACCCUGCAGUAUGUUUUGUCUGCUAAAUUAAAGCAAAUCAAAACAAAACAACAACAAAAAGCCUGCUAUAACCUGCGUUUAGGUUUUUAGCAGUAAGGAACUACCUGUGACAGAUGCUUAGCCAUUGUCAUGUGAACAACUUUGUUGUAAUAAACAUAAACAGGAGUUGCAGUGGGGGAACCAUGGGAACUGAUUGAUCAGACUUUAAGGAGAGUCAUUUACCAUAAGCACCAGGACUGUUUAGGGAGUGUCUGCUCAGGAUGUUGAAAAGCUUUAAGUGUGUGAUGGCUGUGAACGUUCAGAGGGUGCUGCGACUCCCUAGUACCUGAUGCCAGGUUUUAUAGCAGCUUACAUUUUAGUUACAGUGGCUUUCCCUUGAUGUCUCUCUUGUUACCUAUUUUCCUAAAUAAUUUUUUUCUUUUAAGGGAAUCAUCAUAUAGGAGUGGGGAAAAACAGACUUCAAUGUUGAAACAAAGUUUUGUGAAGGAGAUUUAAUGCCUUGCUUAGGAAUAUGAGUGGUUAUAAUUAAUUCAGUGUUCAAUAGGGUCUUGAGCAGUGCUGCCAAGGAUAAAAAUGACUUUUGCAUGUAUUUUAUGGAAUGUGUGUAAUUAGCCUUAUCUUCUACUUGUGUUCGUAACCCAUGUGAAUAAACUCCAGUACUACUUGUAGAACUUUAUUGCUUGACAUCUGACUUUGCAAUUGCAGUUUUCUCUGUGCUUUUGAAUUGAAGAAUAUUUUAAGCAGAAUCCCUGGAAGUCAGAGAGAAAAAAGUUAAACAUAAGCCUAAUCAAAAUCCCAAGAUGAUUUGGAAGAUGGUUUGUUUUGUUUUCAGGGCAAGGUUUUUUUGUUCUUUCAGCUCUCUGAAGUGAGACUGAUGAUCUUAGGGUGUCAAUAUUCAUCGUUCUUGUUUCCUUGACUGUGGGAAAUUUAUUAAUCAGGUUGAGUAAAAUAUGAAUUCUGCCCUGAGGGCUUUCCUACAUAGUGGAAAAGCUGUGAUUUAUAAAGACACGGUGUAAUGAACUAAAGUGAUAAUGAAAAGCCUUGGGCAGACUUGCUGUGUAAUAUAUUUUAGGCAAUUUACACAGGUUAGUUUGUUUAAUUAUUUUUGUUCUUGUCAGAAUUGUCCUUUCUAAUAGUAGGAUCCCUCAAACUGCACUUGCUGCUGGUGAAAGUAGGCUCCAAUUUUUUCUUAAAGUCCAAACCAUUCCUUUAAAGGUUAACAGAUGUUUACUCUCCACUUAAGUCACUGAAAGGUGAUAUUUAAGUAUAGUCUUAACUAGUUACUUUCCUCUUUGCCUUUAAACACUGCAUUAAGUGCAAGUAUAUAUGCAUCCCUGUGGGGCUUUGACCAAAGCACACACCCAUACCCCUUCCUGCCUCCCUGGAACUGGUUCAAGAUUUGGAAAGAAGAGUUUGCUUGUGGGUGUUUCCCUUGUCUUAUCUCUGAGUGAGCAUAUGCCAGGGUUGAAUUUAUUUUGACCCUUUCAUUUUAAAUUUGGAACCGAAGUAAAAGUUUAAAGUGCAACAGGAGAAGAGAGUCUGCUGAACUUUAGACAUGAGGGAUCCAGGGAGGAAGAGCCUGGCCCAACUAGAGAAUCUGUGCAAACAGCUGUAUGAAACCACAGAUACAACCACUCGACUCCAGGCAGAGAAAGCCUUGGUUGAAUUUACCAACAGCCCUGAUUGCCUGAGCAAGUGCCAGCUACUCCUCGAAAGAGGAAGUUCCUCUUACUCCCAGUUACUGGCAGCUACAUGCCUUACCAAGCUUGUAUCACGCACAAACAACCCCCUACCAUUGGAACAGCGAAUAGAUAUCCGGAAUUAUGUGCUCAAUUACCUUGCCACUCGGCCAAAGUUGGCUACUUUCGUGACACAAGCACUUAUUCAGUUAUAUGCCAGAAUCACAAAACUGGGCUGGUUUGACUGUCAGAAGGAUGACUAUGUCUUCAGAAAUGCAAUCACAGACGUCACAAGGUUUUUACAGGAUAGUGUUGAAUACUGCAUCAUUGGCGUCACAAUUUUAUCUCAGCUAACCAAUGAAAUUAAUCAAGUAAGUGCUACAGCCUUCCUCAUUGAAGCAGACACCACUCAUCCUUUAACCAAGCACAGAAAAAUAGCCUCCUCUUUUCGCGAUUCAUCAUUAUUUGAUAUCUUCACACUUUCCUGCAACUUACUAAAACAGGCUUCAGGAAAGAAUCUAAACUUGAAUGAUGAAAGUCAGCAUGGCUUGCUCAUGCAAUUGCUCAAGCUCACUCAUAACUGCCUCAACUUUGACUUCAUCGGCACUUCAACUGAUGAGUCCUCAGAUGACCUGUGUACAGUGCAGAUUCCCACCAGCUGGAGAUCAGCAUUCUUAGAUUCUUCAACUCUGCAGCUGUUUUUUGACCUGUAUCAUUCCAUCCCUCCUUCAUUUUCACCUCUGGUAUUAUCCUGCUUGGUACAGAUCGCCUCAGUCAGAAGAUCCCUGUUUAACAACGCAGAGAGGGCCAAGUUUCUCUCUCAUCUUGUAGAUGGUGUUAAACGAAUCCUGGAAAAUCCACAGAGCUUGUCAGACCCAAACAAUUACCAUGAGUUUUGCAGACUACUGGCCCGAUUGAAGAGUAACUAUCAAUUGGGAGAAUUGGUAAAGGUGGAAAACUACCCUGAAGUCAUCCGAUUGAUAGCCAACUUCACAGUGACCAGCCUACAGCACUGGGAAUUUGCCCCAAAUAGUGUGCACUAUCUUCUGAGCCUGUGGCAGCGGCUAGCAGCCUCUGUGCCAUAUGUCAAAGCCACAGAGCCUCACAUGCUGGAAACUUACACUCCUGAGGUCACCAAAGCCUACAUCACAUCCCGGUUGGAAUCUGUGCACAUCAUACUGAGAGAUGGCCUGGAAGAUCCCCUGGAGGAUACGGGACUGGUCCAGCAGCAGUUGGACCAACUGUCCACCAUUGGGCGUUGUGAGUACGAGAAGACGUGUGCGCUCCUCGUGCAGUUGUUUGACCAGUCGGCCCAGUCCUACCAGGAGCUGCUACAGAGCGCCAGCGCAAGCCCAAUGGACAUUGCAGUGCAGGAGGGAAGGCUGACAUGGUUGGUUUACAUUAUUGGAGCAGUGAUCGGUGGCCGGGUUUCUUUUGCCAGCACUGAUGAGCAAGACGCCAUGGAUGGUGAGCUUGUCUGUCGGGUGCUCCAGCUGAUGAACCUAACAGAUUCUCGUCUGGCCCAGGCGGGUAAUGAGAAGCUAGAGUUGGCCAUGCUGAGCUUUUUUGAACAGUUUCGUAAGAUCUACAUUGGGGACCAAGUGCAGAAAUCCUCUAAGCUCUACCGCCGACUCUCAGAAGUUCUGGGCUUGAAUGAUGAGACCAUGGUCCUAAGUGUCUUCAUAGGAAAAAUCAUUACCAACUUGAAGUACUGGGGCCGUUGUGAACCAAUCACCUCCAAGACACUACAGCUUCUCAAUGACCUCUCCAUUGGGUACAGUAGUGUAAGGAAGCUAGUGAAGCUUAGUGCGGUACAGUUCAUGCUGAACAAUCACACGAGCGAGCACUUUUCAUUUUUGGGUAUUAACAAUCAGUCCAACCUGACAGACAUGCGGUGUCGGACUACCUUCUACACAGCACUUGGGCGUCUCCUCAUGGUGGAUUUAGGAGAGGAUGAAGAUCAGUAUGAGCAGUUCAUGCUGCCACUCACAGCAGCAUUUGAGGCUGUGGCCCAGAUGUUUAGCACCAAUAGUUUCAAUGAGCAGGAGGCAAAGCGAACUCUAGUUGGCCUAGUAAGAGACCUGAGAGGGAUCGCUUUUGCUUUCAAUGCCAAGACCAGCUUCAUGAUGCUCUUUGAAUGGAUAUAUCCAUCCUACAUGCCAAUUCUCCAACGGGCAAUUGAGCUCUGGUACCAUGAUCCAGCCUGUACCACACCUGUACUCAAGCUGAUGGCUGAAUUAGUUCAUAAUAGAUCCCAGCGACUCCAGUUUGAUGUCUCUUCCCCCAAUGGCAUCUUACUCUUCCGAGAAACCAGCAAGAUGAUAACAAUGUAUGGCAAUCGCAUCCUGACACUAGGAGAGGUCCCAAAGGAUCAGGUCUAUGCUCUGAAGCUCAAGGGCAUAUCCAUCUGCUUCUCCAUGCUGAAGGCUGCUCUCAGUGGGAGUUACGUCAAUUUCGGAGUCUUUCGUCUCUAUGGAGACGAUGCCCUGGACAAUGCUUUGCAGACCUUCAUCAAGCUGCUCCUCUCUAUUCCCCACAGUGAUCUCUUGGAUUACCCCAAGCUCAGCCAGUCUUAUUAUUCACUACUGGAAGUCCUGACCCAGGACCAUAUGAACUUUAUUGCAAGCCUGGAACCUCAUGUCAUCAUGUAUAUUCUCUCUUCCAUUUCUGAAGGACUUACUGCUCUUGACACCAUGGUAUGCACAGGCUGCUGCUCCUGCCUGGACCACAUAGUGACAUACCUCUUCAAGCAGCUGUCACGUAGCACCAAGAAGAGGACCACACCCCUGAACCAGGAGAGCGACCGCUUUCUGCACAUCAUGCAGCAGCAUCCAGAGAUGAUCCAACAGAUGCUGUCCACGGUGCUGAACAUCAUCAUCUUUGAAGACUGUAGGAACCAGUGGUCUAUGUCCCGACCCCUACUUGGCUUGAUAUUACUUAAUGAAAAGUAUUUUUCUGACCUAAGGAACAGUAUCGUGAACAGCCAGCCACCAGAGAAGCAGCAGGCCAUGCAUCUGUGUUUUGAGAACUUGAUGGAAGGCAUCGAACGAAAUCUUCUUACAAAAAACAGAGACAGGUUCACCCAGAACCUGUCAGCAUUCCGUCGAGAAGUCAACGACUCGAUGAAGAAUUCCACUUAUGGCGUGAAUAGCAAUGACAUGAUGAGCUGACACCUCCUUGGACUCUACCUGUACAGAGCAGCGUCCCUUUGGUUUGGCCCAGAGGGGCGAACAAUUGCAAGGGAGAGGGCCUGGCUGAUCCUGGCUCCUUCCUCCAGGGGUGUGGGGAAAAUGGCAAAGGUCAACUAGCUACUUCCCCAGGGAAUAGGGGUGUGAGUGCACUCAUUGGGGGGGGCAGGGCGCUGCUGGUUCCUGGGGGACUGGGUGGGAAGGGUGGUGGGAGGAGAUAAGAAACACAAACUGAGACUCCAGCCCCUCCUCCUGGGGCCACCCAAGUGGGGAGAACCCCUAGUGUCCUGCCACAACCUGCCUUGUAUAAACAUGUACAUUUUUUCAUAACAUUUUGAACAAGGUUUAUAUUGACUCAAGUUUAAAAACAAAAAGUGUGACUGAAAAAUUUUUACAGAGUCUAGUGCACCAAUGCUGAUGUGAGGGGUUGUGUAUGCGAGUGAAGAAAAUGUGUAUUCUGGUGGCCUGAAGCUUUACUGGACAAGGAUGUGUGAGAGUGCAGAGAUAUAUUUAGUGACACAGUAGAGAGGCAAAAAAAAAAAAAAAGAAAAAAAAAGCUAAAAUUCCAAAUGUAUAUUUUUUCGUAUUGCCCUGUCCUCACCCAGAAAUGAUCACUUCCUGUUACUGUAUUAACCCUUGUUAUUAGGAACUCUAAGCCAUGCCAGAACACCGUCCCUCCCCUUGGACCGUAUAGGUUCUGCCCUGGGUCCCUGGCCCCUUGCAGUGACAAAUAACUCCAGCUAAAAGUGUUUGGUGUUCUUAUCCCCAUCCUCUUUCCCACUUUGCUUACCUUCAUCCUCAGACAGAUGCCUCUUGCUUUUAAAAGUUGGAUUUAACGACAUGUUGUAGGGUUCUUGGUCUCUGUGAAGAUAGAGGCCAGAGAGAAGGAAGUGAGCCCACUGCUCUCCUAUGGGGCAAUGUGGGUGAGUCCACCAGAGGCCCUGCUGUGUGUGGCCAAUAAAUUUCAGUCUUCCCCAGCCCUCGAGGCAGUGUGUGUGGAUGUAUGCGUGUGGAUAUUUAUAUAUGUACCCUGCACUCAUGAAUGUAUGAACUGGAGGAAGUUACUACAGUGGAGGGGUUCUUAAUAACAAGGUCUACCUAGCAUGAAGUAUUUAACAUUCUCCCACUCCUUAAAAAUAUACAUUUUUAUAAAAUGAAAACCAUAAUAAAUGUUUUGAAUAUUAAAAAAAUUAACCUACAGAAGAAAAUUAAUGGAGAAAGCUAUUUGCCUUGUACUUUUUCCACAAUUAUUGCUGCUAGUUGUACACAUCUCUAGUUCAGCUCUUGCCCACGGGACACUCAUCAAUUAGGUUUUAUUUUUAUUUCUCUCCUCUACCCCCAGAAACAAGCCUGUUAAUUUUUUUCCCUUCUCCUCUGGCGACUGUGUGAUGAAUCCUUUCUUGCGUGAUCAGGUUGCGGAUAGACUUGUAAGGGUGUUUGCUGCAUACAGUGUAAGCAUUGUGACCGCCAAUAAACUUCAAUGGUUUCUACUGA